CUGUUUCCUCAAAAUCAUGGGUGAAACUUUCCUCGAGUCGCUUCUGUCCAGUCUCACGGUGAGCCGAUGGUAGACUUCACCGCGUUUUGUUUUGGGAUUUAAUAUAUGUGUGGUGUAGCAACAGGUUUUGUCAGCAUGUCUCUGGUGGAUCUGCAGUGGUGUCCCACAAGCGUCCAGGUAACGGUGCAACAAGCCAGAGGCCUCAGGAUAAAGGGGAAAAGCGGCACUAACGAUGCGUACGCGGUCAUGCAAGUGGGCAAGGAGAAGUUUCAGACCUCGGUGGUGGAGAAGAGCGUGGCACCGGUGUGGAAGGAGGAGGCCGCUUUCGACCUGCCGCCGCUGCUGCAUCAGAGCGGCAGAGGAGGCACGGAGCGCUGCACGCUGCAUGUCCACGUCCUGCACCGAGCCCUGGUGGGUCCCGACAAGCUGCUGGGACAGGCGGUCAUCAACCUGCUGCAGCUCAGCGAGGACAAAACCCGCAUCAAGACCGAAUGGUUUAAAUUGCUGGACAAGACUGGCAAGGCAGACAAAGACAGAGGAGAGGUUCUUGUGGACAUCCAGUUCAUGAGAAACAACAUGACCGCCAGCAUGUUUGACCUCUCUGCUGCAGGCAAAUCCAGAUCUCGCCUGGGCAAGUUCAAGGACAAAGUACGCGGCAAGAAAAAGGAAUCUGAUACUGCGUCUAACGUGGUGCCAUCCUUCAGUCAAGUUCUGACGGACAGUGAGGAGGAGGGGAACGGUGAGGUAGCUGCGGGGAAGGAUGAAAAAAAGAAGAAACAUAAGAUGAAGUCUUUGUUUUCUUCCAAGUCUAACCUGCAGAGGAACAUGUCUCAGUCCAUGUCUAUUCUGCCUGCGAAGAACUCCUCACUGAGCGGGAGCCAGUCGUCAGGUCUAAAUGUGGAUUCUUCUGAAGGUAAAAAGAAGUUCAAGUUCAUGAUGCAUAAACGCUCAGGCAGCUCGGGCAACAAAGAUUCCUCCUCUGAUCAUCAAAAGCUUGCAGCUGCGGAACAGAAUAACUUGUGCAUCAAUGGCAGUCAUGUCUACCGUGAGGAGCCGCAACCCCGGACCUCUCGCAUCGGCUCAAACUUCAGUCUGACCAGUUCAGGCCACGAAUCCAUGGAGGACGUUCCCAAAAGCUCUCCUCCAUCUGUUGAUUCACUAAGGGCGGUGAGGCAAUAUUCACCAUGGACAGAGGAGGAGGAGGAGGAAGUAGACAAUCUAAAAGAGGAUGUAGGUGAACAAAGGGAGGAAGAUGAAAGAAUUAGGAAGAGACGAGAGGAAGAAAAAAGGAGUGAAGAGAAAGUUAGAAAGGAGGAAGAGGAAAGGAUUAGGAGGGAGGUGGAAGAGAGGAGGCGACAAGAGGAAGAAGAGAGUGUCAGGAGAGAAGAAGAGCUUGAAAGAUUAGCAGAGGAAAAGCGACUAAGGGAACAAGAAAGAAGGAUUGAAGAGAAAGUUAGAAAGGAGGAAGAGGACAGGAUUAGGAGGGAGGAGGAGGAAGAGAGAGUUCAGGAAGAGAGGAGGAAACAAGAUGAAGAAGAGCGUGAAAGGUUAGCAGAGGAAAAUAAGAGAUUACAGGAACAAGAAGUUAGAAAGGAGGAGGACGACAGGAUUAGGAUGGAGGAGGAAAGGGCUCAGGAAGAGAGGAGGGAGGAAGAGGAGAGAGCGAUGAAACGAGAAGAGGAAAGAAUUAAAGAAGAGACACUUAAAAAGGAGGAAGAAGAGGGGAUCAGGAGGGAGAAGAAGAUUGCUGAGGAAGAGAGGAGACGAGAGGAAGAGGAGCAAAGGGAGGAAGAGGACAGGAUUAGGAUGGAGGAGGAAAGGGCUCAGGAAGAGGGAGUGAGGAGACAAGAGGAGCGUAUAUUGGCAGAGGAAAAGGGGAGACUUGAAGAAGAAGAAAGGAUUGAAGAGGAAACAUUUAGAAAGGAGAGGAUUUGGAUGGAGGAGGAAAAGGAGAGGGCUGAGAAAGAGAGGAGACAAGAGGAAAUGGUGAGAAGACAAGAAGAGGAAGAAGGAAGGAGGCGAAGGGAGGAAGAGGACAGGAUUAGGAAAGGAGAAGAGGAGAUGGCUAGGAGGGGAAAAGAAGAAUAUGAGAGAUUGGUAGAGGAACAAAUGAGACUAGAGGAAGAAGAAAGGAAAAGGAUUGAGGCGGAAGAGGAAAUUAAACGGGAGGAAGAGGAAAGGAUAAGGGUGGAGGAAGAGAUGAUGAUGAGGAGGAAGGAAGAAGAGCGUGAGCAGUUGGCAGAGGAAAAGAGGAAACUUGAAGAACAAGAAAGGAGAAGAAUUCAGGAAGAAGAAAAAAGCCAAAGGGAGGAAGAGGACAGGAUUAGGGAAGAGGAAGAGGAGAAGGCUAGGAAGGAAAAGGAAGAAUAUGAGAAAUUGGUAGAGGAAAAGAUUAGACAAGAGAGGAGAUGGAUUGAGGAAGAGAGGAUUAUGAGGGAGGCGAAAGCUGAGAAGAAGAGAAAAGAAGACCAGGCUAUGAAGCUGGAGAAAGAAAAGUUAACAAGCGAAGCAGAAGAACGAAAUCAAACCAAACCCAAAGCUGCAGGGAAGAAACCUAAAGUGCCUGUGGAGAGCCCUGCAGAAGUCACUUCCAAUCCGUUUGAUGAAAACUUUUCAAAUAAUGACUUUGGCGAGAUUCCAGACUCGCCUGCAGGACCCGACAGCAGCACAGCCAAGGCGUCAUCUAUCCAACAAAGGGAUCAAUCUGCAGCAUCAUCUUUGGGAAGCAAAACCGUUUCCACUGAUGACAAGGAUCCUAUUGGUACUCAGCGGGAGAGGCGGCUGGCUCCUCAGCCCCCAGGAAUAAAUCAAUCUGAGAGACCGGAGCAGGAUGGCUCUACACAACAUCUGGCACAAAUGAACAAGAAAAGUAAAGACCAAGACCUCCAAACCGUCAGCGUUCUGCCUCAGCGCUCGGUGCAAAUGAUCGCUCCUCUGAGUAGGUCUUCCCAAGAUACGAAGAACACCCAGAGCUUGACUCAAAGUAGUGGCACUAAAGAAACCUCAAACCUAGCCAAACACGGUAAACGUCCUGCGCCAUCUAAACCGCGUUCUGAGGCAGAGAGGCUAUCCUCUGAUCCCAAAACAACGCCGCCUUCUGAUGGCAACAUGUCCCAUGAAUGUAUCUCGAAGGCAAAACAAACCCCAACUGUAUAUGGCUUAAAUCCAUUUGAUGAUGAUGAUGAUGAUGCAGCCCAAGAUGACGGAGCAACCUCUGGUCCUACUGCUUCAGUACAAUGGCCUCCAGUCGUGUCACAUACUGCUGAUAAAUAUGCCGCCUUUCAAACUAAAAUCAAAUCCUCAAAGGCCCGCGCUCCCCUACUUCCUGCAAAGGAAGCCGCCACAUCGAGCACUUCAAUCAACCAAAACACUGAAGGAGACCAUGUUACAGGUGUGACUGACAACAGUGGAACCCACACAUGUGACCCCGAGUCAGAGGCCAUAAGUCCGGAGCAUGUCCAGGAGGCUCCACCGCGAGGCUCUCAGCCUGUGAUGGUGCAGAGUGCUGGGGAAGAGGCAGGUGGGAAGAAGGAGGGGCCUCCUGUAACUUUACGCAGGCUUCAACCUGUAAAACCCCUGAAUCCUCUGGAACAGCAGUCCGUUUCAAUCUUUCAAGGAGAAAAAGAUAAAAAAUCUUCAGGAAUCUUUUGUGAAGAUCAGGAUAAGACUAAGGUAAAUGUCACUGGGCUGAAAGGGCCCUACUCCGAGCUGACUCGUGAGGAGCUCAUCUCUCUGGUGCUCAAACAAGAAAACCAGCUGUCAGACAGAAACAAAAAGAUAUCUGAUCUGGAGCAGUACAUCGACAACUUGCUUGUGCGCAUCAUAGAAGAGAAACCAAGUAUUCUCAUGUCCCUGAACUCUCUGAAGAAACCUGUCUAGGUAGAUUCACAUCUGACACUUUAUCCCCACUGUAUGUAAUGUACAUUUGCAAUCAAAGAUGUUAAUAAAUACAAAAAUAUUCCACAUUUUUCUAAA